AUGCACCGAAUUAUUAUUCUGGGUCUUCUGUUUCUGGAAACAACGACUGCUUAUGUGACAGUUACUAAGUAUACAAUUGGAAACAAAACAUAUUAUGAGAAGUUUGAGCAGCCGUGGUUUAGACAUAUGCAUUAUGAUCACGAUCCAGUUGAGGCGUCUGAAAAAGAAGAAUCAGCAUUUGGAAAGCAUUAUGUUCCAGAAGAUGACGUGUUCAUAGCCCCAGAUUGGACUGCACACGAAGCAAAAUAUAUGGGAUGUCUGAAUAGAACUUGUGUUUGUGGAUACUUUAAAGGAAAUGUAAAAGAUGAAGAGUGUUAUCUUCCGAGUGGAAAAAUUCUGAAACGAGCGGUAAGACGAGAAUUGAGAUCUUUGAAAGAUGAAGAUAGAAUAAUGAUCGAAAAUGCGUGGAAUGCAAUGAAAAAGAGCGGAUUGUAUAACAAAAUUGGAAGAGUUCACAAGUAUUCCGGUGUUCAUUCUGGACCUGCAUUCACUUUGUGGCAUCGAGAGUUUUUGAAAAGGAUUACGGUAGGACCAAUGGAGAUUCUCUGGAUAAACAUAGUUGAUUGGAGAGUACUGUUGGGCUACUGUACUGAAUCCUCUUACAAUUAUUACAACAGAAUGGCAACUUUCAGACUUGAAUUGGCACUACGCGACCAUAUGAAAAAUCCAGAUUUUGGUCUUCCAUUUUGGGAUUCAACACUUGAUUCUUUGCUCCCCGAACCAAAAGAUUCCAUCAUAUUCUCAGAACUAUUUUUGGGUGAGGUUGAUGAUAAGGGAUUUGUGAAGAAUGGACCAUAUCAUAAUUGGGAAACAAUGGAGGGUCGAGCUCAGAUAUUCAGGAAUUUCGGGGAAGAUGAUUCGGGUGAAAUGCUGAAUGAUGCAAGAGUUGACUGGUUGAUCAAUAAUCCAGAUAUCAAUAUGAUUCUUGGAGCAACUAUGCCGUUGACUACAUGCCCAAUGAAUCAUACUCUCGAUGCAAGAAUGCUCGAGUUUUCUCAUGAUUACGUUCACUUUUUCGUUAAUGGUGAUAUGAGUAAAUCGUACUCUUCUUCAAAUGAUGUUUGUUUCGUUUACCAUCACGGAAUGAUUGAUUGGAUAUUUGAAACAUGGAGACAAAAUAUGCAAACGAGAGAAGAAAGAGAGACACAAUAUCCGAAAAGUGAUGAAAGAUGUUUCCCAUUCUGGCACAAUGGAGAUAAUUCCAUGCCUUUGUUGCAGCCCCAUAAAAACAAGGAUGCUUUAUCAAAUGGAUACACUGAUUUCAUGUAUGAAUACUAUCCAAGAUCAACGUGCUCAAAAGACAAACCAGAUUGUCAUUCCCCAUAUCUCUUCUGUUAUAUUCCACCAAAUGAUGAGCAUCCACCAAGUUGUGUGAGUAAAGUACGACGAAACGGGGUUUGUAAGGGAUUCGAAGAUUGGCCAAUCUGUUAUUGGGGAAAGUGUGUCGAUGGAAAAUGUGAUGAAAAGGCGAAGCCGAAGAAAGAACUUGAGAAGUUUAAAAAAUUUGAAAAAAAAUUAGUACCUUUUAUAAUGUAA